UAAAGUUUUCGAUCAAUUUCAUUCUUUUGGAACAGUAGUGUUCAAAAUGGCGAAAACAAGCGGUUAUUACCUUUUAGAAAAAAGUUUCAGCAAAGAUUAUGCAUGGCCCACCUCCCACGGUUUGCGAAGAUACGGAAUAAUAAUUUUGAUUGUUGUAAAUGCAAUUUGGAUAUUUUAUCCCUUGAUAAUAGAAGUUAAAGAUUAUAAGACGAAUUUUGCAAAAUUACUGUUUAAAUGGGAAUUUAUUGUACCGGGUACAGCAAUUCUAUUGGAUAAUAUUCUAAUAUUACGAAAUCCACGCGGUUUGAUCGAAAUGAUUGAUUUAUUAAGUGAUUUUAAUCGAUUCGGCAUCCCCGAAAGAAUGAAAUUUAUUGAAGAAAAUAUGAAAACUAUAGUAAAAACGAUUCAUUACAUAGCAUGUUUUGUGGGAUAUGUUAUAUCAUAUUAUACUAUGUUAGAAAAUGAUUGUACCAAUGUUAUGAAUACCAAAAUUUGUUUUAUUAUGGAGUAUUUCAUUCCAUAUAAGGCAAAACAGUAUGAAAUUACAUUAAUAAUGUUAUUUCAAAUAUAUGGUAUAGCUGUUACAGUAAAUGUUAUGUUUUGCUCGUUGCUCUUAUAUGGCCAUUCAUUUGAAUUAUUAACCGUACGAAUAGAACACCUUAAAAGCAUGAUUGAUAACAUACAUUUGACCAAAAAUAGGAAACGUAAUCUGAAGAUUCUGCGGCGGAUUGCCUUAUAUCAUCAAGAUAUAUUCAGGUUGUUUAAAUACGUUAAUAGUUUCUUUCUCAGAUUUCUCGUGUCUACGAAAACUUGCAUUUUAGUUAGUGUAACAAUAUCUAUCACUCAAAUUGUUCUGAAAAAGAAUUUAAUAAGUUGUUGGAUGUUUAUUUCGAACUUUUUGGCGUUAUUUUUCAUCCAUACAGUUGGUCAAAGAUUUACCACAGCGGCGAGUAGUGUUGCUGAUUCAGUGUACAAUCUAAAUUGGUUUGACUCCGAUGUUUCAACACGAAAAGAUUGUGUAAUAUUGUUAUGUAUGAGCCAACAUCCACUUACUUCGGAACUCCCAUUAUUUGGUCAAAUGUCACACACAUCAGUAGCUAAGGAAUACAAGGUGGCAUAUGUUUUCUAUAAUUGGAUCGCAACUACAUUAAAACAAAAAAUUGUUUGA